UCAAUAUUUCUAGCCGGCGGCCAGAGCCAAGCUUGGCAUACUGCCGAAGAAAAAGGACUUCAUUUUGCGAUCAAGGAGUACAGUGAGGUGGUUCUCAAGGAGAUGCUUACUCAUGACGUUUCGUUUCUAAAUCGUGAACUCCAAAUUGAAAUGUCCAAAAUAGCCGAUCUUGAGUCGCGCCUUAACCUUCUUCCUGGGGAUCCAUCAGUCACUAGUAAACGUCUGGGACCCAAGCGGACAGUUUUCGUUGGAUCUGUUGAAGAGGCUCGUGAUGUAAAAUCUUCCCUCGAAUCGACUGUUCCUACUCGCGUCUGCGUUAAAUUGAAAAAUGAUGACGUCGAAGAAUUCAUGUCGUUGCAAGAGAGUGGUUACCGGGAACUGUCCGAAAGGCUUAAUCGUGCGGAGAAGCUAAAGCUCGCGAUUCAGAAACGUACAGCAAAGUCUCAUGUACUGGUAUGCAAUCCGUCUUUUGUUUUUGUUUUUUUUUGCGCACCACUUGUGCUCUAUAUCUUAAGAAAAGUGACCAAAUCAAACUCCUCUGUAUGA